AUGUUCCUAUUUGGGAUCACUGUAAAUAUCAUUUCAGGGGAAUUUGCUUCCCAAAAUGCCAUUGCAUGCGGCGAAUACAGUAAUUGUACCAAAUGCUUCCUGAAUCCAAUGGACUUUGCUGGACGGAUUAAAGUAUCUCUUGGAAAAGUUACAAUGAAGCAGUUAGAGGUGAAAUACAAUUAUCUGCAACCAGGAGGUCACCAUGUACCAGCAGGUUGCCAAGCUUUGAACAGGGUCGCAGUCAUCGUUCCAUAUCGUGACAGGGAAUCUCAUCUUCGGAUUCUCUUGAACAAUAUGCAUGCGUUCCUUACAAAGCAAAAGCUGGAUUACGCUAUCAUAAUAGUUGAACAAGUGAACAAUCAGACAUUCAAUAGGGCUAAGUUGCUAAAUGCUGGAUAUGUGGAAGCUAGAAAGUUGUACAACUGGGAAUGCUAUGUGUUCCAUGACGUGGAUCUGCUACCUGAAGACGAUCGGAAUUUACAUACCUGUCCCACGAAAAACCCACGACAUUUGGCGGUAGCGAUGAACAAGUUCAAUUAUCAGCUCAUCUAUGAAGGAAUGUUCGGUACAAGUUCUAUAUUUACCACUGAUCAGUUUGAAAGGAGCAACGGUUUUUCCAACCGAUAUUGGGGAUGGGGUGGUGAAGACGACGACAUGUACAAAAGAGUGAUAAUGGCUGGGUACAAGGUGGACCGCUAUGAUGCCAAAUUCGCUCGAUAUACAAUGAUCAGGCACGGAAGAGAAAAAAACAAUCCCGAUAAUCCGUCAGUUGGAUUUUUCAAUAAUCGAAACGGAGACCUGCAAAAAUCUCUUUAUCUGCUUAUUUUUCAAUGUUUUCAUAGGUCACCUCUACCAAUAUUGGUCAUAAUUACCUCAGUGAACAGAGAAAUUAGGCAUGUUUGA